CGCGGUACUAAAAAUGCCUCCAAAGAUUGAUCUUGAGCCUUAUAAAAAUGAGAUUCUUAGUUGGGUCUCUGAGAAGCAUACGAUCCCUGAGAUUUUAAGUAAAAUAAGAGGGAUUCUACAGGUUGAAUGUAGCCUAAAAACACUGAAACGAGCUCUCUCUGAUUGGGGUAUAUCGCGCAAUAGGAAGAAUGGGUCUCCUGAGAUUGAGAGGAUCAAAUUACGUAUUUCUGAGUUAUUUGCGGGCAAUUAUAAUAAUGAUAUGAUUCUCCAAGUACUCUCAGUUGAGGGGAUGCCCCUCCACCGCCGACAGCUCGCGCGAUAUAGGCUAGAUCUUGGCCUUAUUCGGAGAAUAAUAAUAGAGGAGAGGGAGCAGAAGUACUAACAGCUUGUGGGUAUCGUGCGAGAGGAGCUAGACCAUGGGGGGAUUGAAGGCUAUGGAGCAGGCUUGAUCAAGACACACUUCCGUUAAAUGGGGGUUA